AUGCAACGUUUGCGGGAAGAAGUUUCAGCGAAAGGCGCAUCUGUUAAGACAUCAGCAGCAGCCGAUGUACUUCGAGAUCAUUUCAGUCGAUGCGAGCGCAGAGGAAAUUCCGCGAUUCCCAAUUCUCUCGAGCGAGGGCGCAAACGACACGCCUGCGAUGAGUGUUCGAGGUUGAAGGUCAAGUGCGACAACAAUGUCCCUUGUCGGAAGUGCAAGGAAUUUGGCAGGACAUGCGUCAAGAGCAGGCCAACAGGUGGAAGUCCCGAUGACACUCCUGGAACAUCAGACUCGCGAUCGACUCCAGAUCCCGCAGCUUCGGAUCGCAACUCCAUGGGAAUAGGGUUUCUACUCAACGGCGCAGAUUUUGGAAACCCGUUCAUGAAGUCCGUAUCACCCUCGCCGUUAAGUCCGCAUAGUCAAUCGACGGAAUACCAGUCCAUGUCAACGCCUCGAAAUGGGUUUACCACUCUUUCUGGCAGUCCCAACGCUGGAUCUCAGACGUACCCGCAGCAGUAUGGACCGAUGCAGGUGAUACCAGAGAACAAUAAUAACAUAGAUACUAUGUUGCGAAACUUGGAAUUUGCAAACUUUGAGCAGCCAUCAAAUAACUGGUCAGGGCCGGGUGAGAAUAUGAUGCCGUGGUCGGGCGCCGAGGGAGUAUUCUUGGAUCGCAAUGUGCUUGAGCAGAGAGCCUUCGAAAUCAAGGAAAAGUUGAGGUAUACGGCCAGCACUAUGAAUGCGCCGCAUCAACCGUCGAGAGAAACAUUGGAGGCGAUCGACCGGAUAAGUGCGAACAGUAUUGUUGUAAAUAUCAAGCUGUAUUUCAGUCAUUGGCAUAAACACGCUCCAUUCGUACACGAACCAACCUUCAAUCCCUGUUCCGCAGCUCUACCGCUGGUUUUGGCUCUGAUGAGCUUAGGUGGAAUGUACUCACAGGAGGCUGCUGACGUCGAGGAGCUAAAGUCAUUACUGGACAUCAUCGAGACCUAUAUCUUCUCAACACCUGGUAUAAACCUUGAAUACGAGCUUCCUGGGCGGAUAUAUGUUGUUCAAGGCGAGAACUCGAGCCAAGAAUGGCAGCAGUACCAGAUGGAAGAGUUGCAAGGUGCCUAUCUGAUGAUUGUGCUUCAAUUCUGGACUGGAAAUCCAAUCGCUAGAAUAAGAGUUCGACAACAGAGGUUUCAGCGAAUCGUUUCGAUUUUCCAUCACCUGGAGGUUUUGACUAAGCAACAUUCGCCAGCAUUUCAGAUCAGUGAUCAAGCAUCGUUCAGUGCUUGGAUUAGAAAGGAGUCCUACAUUCGGCUUGCUAGUGUAGCUGUCAUGCUUGACCAUGUCUUUGGAAUAUUCAAUAAUGUCGCUCCGCGAUUUCAGUGGGCAGAAAUUGAUCUUCCGUUUCCAAGCGACGACCGGUACUUCAAUGUCGCAAAUUACGCAGAUCUUCGAGCACAGGUGGUAUACCCACAGCAAAGAAUGAAGGUGAAAGAUGCUUAUGUGGUAUUAUUCACACCUCCUGGAUCUUCUGAGAACGACCUAAAUGUUCUUCGUACUGCCAAUCUUGAUACCUUUGACAUGCAGAUGCUCAUUCAUUAUCUAUAUACACACAUUUGGAAGAGUACAUUUUCGAACCCAACACCUGUAGCAAUAAUCAAAAGCAUACAAGAAUUACUUGAGCCUUUUAAGACCGCAAUGAGAAAUUGGAGGAUCUUAUGGGAUGAAAUAAAAUCAUCAUUCUCGGAUAUAGAAUGGAAAAAGCUUGGUUUUCAAAGAACAGGAGAGACCUACUUCGAUGCUGUAGCAUCAAUAUUGGAGAUAUACGAGAAGAGGGGCGGAAUAUUCCCGCCAAUACCCAGUGACUGCGAAAAAGGAAGUCAUUUGAAAAGACUGUUGUCAUUUUAG